AUGAGCACUAGUGUAAGUGAAGAUGAUAGUAUCACAUCACCUAAAAACAUCCAAUACGAGAUUGACGAAGCUAUCGAAAAACUAAGAACAGUUAUAGAUCUCUAUAAUAGGGCACUUAAAGACAAAAAUCGUUUCGAAGAAGUUGGUAAAAAUGCAGACGAUAAGAUAGAAUUACUUAAACAAGACUUACAGGAAUGCUUGGCAAAUGAACAGAAACUUCAAAACGAAUUAAUUGCCGAAAAAGAAGAACAUGAAAAAGCAGAAAAAGAAUUAAAACAAAAAACUAUUGGAAGUAAAGUUCUUACUGCUCGUUGUCUUGUUUACACAAAAGAUGGAAUGAUAGAAGACGUUGAAAUGAUUCCUUGGGAUGAUGAUUUCGAUGCUUCUGCAGAUGUUAUUAGAAAAAUUAAAAAGACACAAACAAACAUAGUCACUGAAAAGAAAGAAAUUUCAGAUAAUCUUAAAAACAGUCAGCCUCAAUCUCAGUUACCUCUUUCAAAUGAACAAUCAACCUCAUUUAAUACAACUAUUCCUCCAAAAAAUUUUUUAGUUAGACAAAUUCAAAAGGACCUUAAAAAAUUUGAAAAACGGUCUGACGACAUUAUCAAAAUUACACAAUCACCAAAUCACUUUGAAAAGAAAACCAACCUCAAUUCAUCAAACCAAAAUUUUUGGUUUGUAGUUAUUAUUAUAUUCCUAUUGACAGUCAUUUUAUUUUUGAUUGCAUCUAUUCUACUCCAUUAA